GGACAUCAGGAAGUGCGGUGCUCUUCCUGUGUUAUUAUCCGUGCUUAUUAUCACUGCACAACAACUUGGCCAUUUAACGUGAGCGUCAAUGUCCAGAGGAAGCUUUGGCUGAUUCGUGUCAGUUGAAACACGCAAACUAACGAGGCGGAAUCCUGAUGGUGACGACACGAGAAGAUGAAAUCCACCAAGAAGAAGUGUCGGCUGAACAAAGCAAAGGAAGAGGAGACGCCACACUAUGAGGUCAUUGUGAAAUCUGAGAACGAGCCGGGGCUGGACAGCGAGGCGGAGGCAGGUGAUGUUUACACCAACGGAGAUGGUCUCAGCAUCCGAAUCAAGGAGGAGCCCCACGCGCAGGAGAUCUGCGAGGAGACAGGAGGAGACACCUCGAGCUGUUCAGGCGUCCGACCGGACUCCGUGACGUCCUGGUCAGAUGUUCAACAUCCGCAGGGACACGUGAAGGACGAGUGCCACUCUCCUGACCAUCAGCCCGAGUGUGAACUCACCGGAGCUGCCGUCAAGGAGGAGGCAGAGUCGUGGAUUAAAGAGGAGAGAGACAGUGAGGAGGAGGAGGAGGAGGAGGAGGAGGCAGGAGACAUCCAGGAGGAUUCUGAGGAGGGAGAGGAGGUCUCCACAGAGUCAUCGUCUGAGUUCUUUCCCUGUCCUCACUGCACCAUCUCCUUUACUGACUUGGACUUCCUGGAGAAGCACGUCAAGUGGGUCCAUCAGAAAGAGUAUCUCGACAAACUGAAAAAAUGCCUCUCGAGCCGCACAAUGAACCUCAUUCCCAAACACAGUUGCACUGUCUGCAGCAGCACCUUUAACUCCAAGGUCAAACUUAGAGUGCAUGUAAGUGAAGUCCAUCCUUCUGCCCCUCCGCGCAGGCUCCAUCCGUGCCCAACCUGUGCACGCAGCUUCCAGUACCUGAAGAACCUGAAGAAUCACUGUCAGCGCUGGCACAGCAUGUCUGUGGUGACCCGAGGGGGGCAUCUGAGCUGCGCUGACUGUGGGAAGAGUUUCAAAGCUACCUGGGGUCAAGGGCCUCACUUGUGUCAUGAACCAGUUAACACAGAACCUGAGGAUAAGCCAAUCUGUCUGGACAUUGGUGUGCAGUGUCCCAAAUGUGGCAAGAAGGUGCGCACACCUCAAAGUCUGGAGGAUCACAUGCGCACACACACAGGCGACCGGCCAUUUGUCUGUAAAGAUUGUGGCAGGAGGUUUGUGGAGCACAGCGGUUGGCGGCAACACAUGAAAAUACACACCGGGGAGAAGGCGUUCAAAUGUCAGGUGUGUGGGAAAACCUUUUUAAGAUCGCACCACCUCAAGUCCCACUUAACGACACACUCGGGCAAGAAGGAAUAUUCUUGCUCUGAAUGUGGGAAGGAGUUUGGAUUCAAGUCAAGUCUUGUUCUCCACCUCAGGACACAUUCCACUGAGAGACCCUUCCACUGCAAUGUGUGCGGGAAGAACUUUAACACCCCGAGAAAUCUGAGGGUUCACACCAAACUCCACACCAAUGAGAAAGCUCACCAGUGCGGGGACUGUGGGCUGAAGACCGUAGAUCUCGGGACUUUGAAAAUACACCUGCGGACACACACUGGAGAAAGGCCGUACCACUGCACAGUCUGCGGAAAUAGGUUUAUUCGCCUUGCACAUUUGCGAAAUCACCAACGCACCCACACUGGUGAAAGACCCUACAAAUGCACGGAAUGCGACAAGAGUUUCACUCAGUCCGGCGACCUGGUGAAGCACAAACGCAUACACUCUGGGGAAAAGCCCUUUGAAUGUCCAGAAUGCCACCGCCGAUACACUACCUCUGGCGAUCUGGGCAAGCACAGGAGGAGUCACACUAACCUGCGUCCCUACACGUGUCAAGAAUGCGGAAAAAGCUUUCGUCUGUCAGGCCAUUUGAAAACUCACAUGUUAACGCACACGGGGGAGAAACCGUAUUCCUGCCCCAACUGUCUCCGCAGGUUUGCUCGCUCUCACCAUCUUUCUGGACAUGUGGCUAAAUGUCGCUGAUCGUGUUAGAAAAGACUGUAAAUACACUAGUUCUGAUUUAAUCUUGUAAUAACGGGAGCUGCAGAGAUUCUACUACUACUUUAUGUUAAUGAAUGUGUUAAAGUGAAAACUUAUAUUUGUAGAUUAUUAUUUAUAUAAUGUUUGUGUAACCUUCGACUUAGAUGACUGUUGUAACUUAUUAAGACACAUGACUCAUGUCUGUUAUUGCAUGGAACUUUUUAUAGUACUAUUCAAGCUCUUCUAUGAUUUAUUUUUCCUACAGUAGCUUUAGACUGGUUGUGCAAGACACUAAUAUAAUGGAGGCUUGAAGACGUCGGAUGAGGCAGAGCUCAGUGGGACAUGCAUCUAAUGGGUUGUUUGCACCACUGGUGAAUGCUGUACUAUCUGUAAAAAAUAAUAAAUUAUUUGAUGAAAGCAUGAA